AUGUACCAUGAGAAGAUCCUUAAUAGUAUUGGAAAUCUCGUCGAAAAAGUCGCUAAAAUUGAUUUCCACAAAGGGACGAGCAAUAGGCGAUGCUAUGCGAGGGUGGCGGUCUAUGUGGACCUGAAGGCUCCUCUCGUGUCUCGAGUCUACAUUGGUAACCGACUACAAAAUGUUGAGUAUGAAAAUUUGCCAACCAUUUGCUUUGCUUGUGGCAGGUUCGGGCAUCUCCAAGACGCUUGCAAUCACAAUGGCAAGCCGCAAGCUCCAACUGACACGAACGCUCCUCCAGGGAACAACGAGCCGUCAAGUUCGACUGGCAAUCCUAUCUCGAACCCUGCUAUUAACGAAUCCAACCCAGAGGAGGCGGCUUACGGCCCGUGGAUGGUGGUGGAGAGAAGACGCCGACGGACGCAAGGGAAGGAUAAUCCGAAAAAGGAAACUGCAGAGAAUCCCAGAGAAUCCGGCACAAGAUUUGCAAAUUCAAGUGUGAACAGAAAUAAUAAUGGUAAGAGCAGCGGCCAAGAUGGAGCUAUCACUGGAGGAAAUAAGACCGGUAUUAAUGCGCCAGCAGUUGCCAAAGUUGUGAAUAAUAAGGAGAGUAUAGCUAAGGAGCCGGCCGUUGCUACAAUAAAAGUCAACGCUCUGCCACGUGGCGCAUCAGCAGCAACUCUCAAGUAG